GUAAUCUAAAGGAAUUUUCCGAGAUAUGGCGGAUUCAAUAUGCUGGGCUUAGUGAAAGUGGAUUAUGCUAGCUGCCAGUGCGAAGCGUGCAAUCAUCAAUGGUGUCCUGCAUCGCUAUUGCUCCUCGCAUUGCUCCUUCACUUCCCCCAUUGCGGGCUUUGCAGGUAAUUCAGAGCGCUAGAGUUGUUUGGUGUUUCUUCGGUGCUAGCCCACUUGCGGCAAACAUCCAUAGGGGGCAUUCAGAUUCUUUUACACAGACAACGAACUUUGAAAGCGCUUUCAGGUGUGAAGAUCAGAAUGCUUUGAAGGGCCGAAUCGUAUUGUUCUUAUCAUACACGUCAAGCUUUGCAGUCGAGGGUGCCAAUCACGAUGGCAAUUGCGCAAAGUGAGGAUACAAAUGGGCAGCCGCUGGAAACACAGGAAGCGGACACGUUGGAGUUGCUGGAAGGCUUUGCGUCCAUUCCUCAGAUCGACAGAGCUUGGAUUCUGAGCAACAGCAAGCACGGAGCCCCACUGACAAGCGUACUUGUGUCACAAGUCCAGCGCAAUCUGCCGGCCAACACUAUCCGCAAGUUCAUAUCCACAAUAACCACACCCAAUGAAAGCACGCCACCUGUCGCCCCCUCCUGGUCACCCUUCCCCUGGGAGCUUUCUGGGGUGGCACUUGUUGUCCCAGCUCCCUCUGGAGAGUACACUCUCCUUGUUCGCAAUGGUGAAGCUGGAAAGGACGGCACAGCAGGAGGGCCGACAAAGCUGGAGAUCUGGGGCCAGGGGCGCCUGGUGCACGAAGUCUUUGUCCCCGCCAGCACGCACGGCAGCGUCUACAACGAUGGCUGGUUCGAAGGCGUGUCCUGGAACCAGGACGAAACUCGAGUAGUCUACAUUGCUGAAGAGCCUGCGCCAGAGAGACCUGUGUAUGGUCGGAGGCAAGCCGCCAAGGGAACGGAGGAUUUGGAGAAGAAAGCGGCAGGCAACGACGCUGGGACAUGGAAAGGGAGAGGGGACUGGGUGGAGGACUGGGGGGAGAAGUAUACCGGAAAGCACCGACCAUUGGUCUAUGUCCUGGACAUAAAAAGCAAGACCGUCAAACCCGUGGGAGGGAUCCCCGCUGAGCUCAGCGCCGGGCAGGUCCAAUGGGCGCCACCGUCGGAAAAUGCGCCGGACGGCACCGUCGUUUUCGUGGGAUGGGAAGUGAAGGGCCAGCAGUUCCAGACUAUCAAGAAGCUGGGCAUGAUCUACUGCUUCAACCGGCCCUGCUACCUGUUUGCUGCGGGCGCCCCGUCGUUUGGCAGCACAACUCAAGACACCGCCACCGCUUCUGCGGUCGAGCUCACGCCGGGUAUCAGCAGCGCCUUCUCCCCUCGCUUCAGUCCGGACGGAUGUACGCUGGUGUUCCUCUCGGCGCGCGCUGCAGUCGACAGCGGCGCACACAACGCCACCAACUCCCUGCACACCAUCCCCUGGCCUCACAAUGAGGGCGCUCAAAUAACCACCGUGAUCGACGUGAAGGGCGCCCCGAGGGACGUCCACGACUUCCCCGGGCUGUACUGUCUCCAGCUGCCGCGGCGGCCCUUUUUGGCGGACGGGAAAACGGUCAUUUUGAGCACCGCCUGGCGAAGCGUCCCGGCAGUGCUCUCCGUCGAUCUUACCCGCAAAGAUGACGAAGCGUUGACACGGAUAUGCGUCUCAUCGACGGCAGACUGCGCGGUAUCUCUCCUCGAUGUGUCUCCAGGCUUGAUUGCCGCUGCGGAGAGCUCUCCCAGUCGGCCGCCCGUGUUGCGUCUGUUCCGGCCCUCUGCUGCGGGCGCGUGGGAACGCGAGGACGCGCCACCAGCAGCAGUGCCGUUCUCCGAAAAGGUCGAGACGGCACUCAGGUCCCUCCGGUUUGAAGUUCUCCAGAUUCCCGUACCCUCCUCACCCUCAGGCGACGAGCUGCCGGCUGGCGCCAAGCUGCCGUUUGACGCCGUGUUGGUCGAGUCUACCUCGGGGAACGACGCCCCAGGCAGCGCACCUCUGCUGCUGGCCCCCCACGGCGGACCCCACAGCGCCAUCCCGACGUCCUGGAUCAUGUCGUACGCGUUUCUGGCUGCGCUGGGCUUCAAGGUGCUGCACGUCAACUUCAGGGGGUCGACCGGGUUUGGCGAGGACGCCCUGCAGUCCCUCCCCGGGCGCAUCGGCUCUCAGGACGUGGCCGACAACCUCGCCGCUCUAGAUGCCGCCCUGCAACGGGGUCUUGCGGACCCUGACCGGGUUGCUGUGAUCGGGGGAUCCCACGGGGCCUUCCUGGGGACGCACCUAAUUGGCCAGGCGCCAGACCGGUUCAAGACGGCGGUGCUGCGGAACCCGGUCACCAGUCUCUCGUCUAUGGUGGGCAUCAGCGAUAUUCCGGACUGGUGCUUCGUCGAAACGUACGGCGGACGGAAGGGCAUCGCGUCCUAUUCGGACGCCCCGACGCUGGCGGACCUGCAGGCGCUGCACGAAAAGUCGCCCAUCGCGCACGUGGAUAAAGUCAAAGUCCCGACGCUUUUCUUCCUUGGGGAGAAGGAUCGCCGGGUGCCCCUCGCGCAGGGCCUCCAGUACGUCCAUGCACUGCGAGCCCGCGGCCUGGAGUCAAAGGUCGUCAUCUUCCCAGAGGACACGCACGCGCUCGACAAGCCACAAACUGAGUUCGACCAAUGGGCAACGGCAGCUGAGUGGCUUAAGAAGCAUCUGGGCACAUGACCCUAGACGUUUCCGGAUUCGAGGCCCUUCCAUCAGAACGCAAGAGAGGCGAAGCUCUGCGCCUUUCGAACGUGCGAAAUAGAGAUCCAAUAUGUACCAAAGCGUUGUUGAUCAAGGUAGGUGACUGUAAAUUAGGACGGAGUUGCCGUAUGUUCGAUGGCAUUACAACGGCUAGAGUUUAGUCGGCUUGACCCAACCGGGUGACGAUCAUUGAUGGCUUCAAGGACCAAAUAUUUUUCAGAUGAAGGGCUUGCCAGUUCAGUUGUUGCUUGAAAAGGAGGUCUCUUUUGAG